AUAAGUUAGUCUAUGGGUCAGUGAUGUGCGUUUGACAGUUGUGAUUUUCGUAGGAUUUUCCUUUUUCACGAAUUUUCAACCAUCUGGUUCUAUUUUAAGACGAAUGACUGAUAAGAGUUAAAUAAAAGAGUGUUUUAUUUGCUCAUCAGCCAUGUAUGCACAGUGAGAAUGUUUGUAUCGUCGGCAUGAGAGUCUCAUAAAUAAGUCGUGUGUUUCGGGUCUGCUAGUUUCUGAAUUUAUCUGGUAUUAUGCUAUGGAAAUACAUGGGAUGGAAGGGGCCGUGGCUCCAUUUACUGGUGCUCACAUCAUUAUACAUGCUCUGUACUUGCCAGAAAAUCGGUGACCCAUAUAAGAUAUUGGGUAUCCACCCUAAGGCUAGCCUGCCUGAAAUCCGCAAAGCUUAUAGACAACUUGCUAAAGAGUGGCACCCUGACAAAAGUGGGGAUCCAAAUGCGGAAUCCCGCUUUGUGGAGAUCAAGCAAGCCUAUGAGCUAUUAUCAGACACAGAACGAAGACAUGCAUAUGACCUGUACGGAAUUACAAAUGAGGAUGACCACAUGUAUAAGCCAAGACAUGAUUACAGUGAAUAUGCUCGAUUCAGCAAUGAUCCAUUUGAAGAGUUCAUUAGCAGACAUUUUCGGACACAAGAUCAAGACAUCACACUAUUCCAUAAAUUGUCGGUGACAUCUCGACACUUCGAGAACAACAUAGUGGAGAAGAGCGUGCACACGCCGGCGCUCGUGCUGUUCUACACGGACUUCUGCUUCGACUGCGUGCGCGCGGCCGGCGCGUGGAGGCGGCUGGUGGAGGCGCUGCAGCCACUAGGUCUGACGCUGGGCACGGUGCACGCGGGGCACGAGGCGGCGCUGGCGCGGCGCGUGCGCAUCCCCGCCGUGCCGUGCCUCACGCUGGUCAUAGACAAGCAUGUGCACAUCUACCGCGACGACCUGCAGAGUAUUACUAAGAUAUUCGAAUUCAUGCGCUGGAAGUUCCCGUACAAGCUGGUGAAGAGCAUAACGGACUCCAACGCCGAAGGCUUCGUGUCCGACUUCGAGGACAACAAGGUGAAGGCGCUGAUCUUCGAGGGGAGGCACACGAUGCGGCUGCGGUACCUGCUGGCCGCCUACCACUACCGGGAUCGCGUCGCUUUCGGCUUCGUCGACAUGACAGCCCCCGACACUUCCAACGUGACCGCGCGCUACAAAGUGCAACCCAACGCCGACACCAUGGUGUUACUGAAGGAGGAGAGCGCCGCGCCCGCCGCCACCGUCAGCACCGGCGAGAUCCCGACCCAGACCCUGCGCGACCUCAUCGACGCCAACCAGAUGCUGACGCUACCCCGCCUGUCGUCACAGAGCGUCCUAGAAACAGUCUGCCCAGCGGAAUACCGCGCGGCUAGACGCCGCCUCUGCUGCGUGUUGCUAGUGGGCGCGGGGCGCGAGGGCGCGGCGGUGCGGGCGCAGCUCCGGCGGUUAGCUAGAGCCGCCCCGGAGCGGAUACACUACGCUUAUGUGUACACGCAUCGGCAGACUGAGUUUGUUAAUGCUCUUGCUAAUGGGUCUGGCAGCGACUCGUCGGCCAUGGAGCACCGCAUCGUGAUCAUCUGGCGGCGCGACCCCAAGCACGUGCAGUACGAGUGGCUCAACCACACCUGGCCCUCCGAGCCGCCGCACAGGGACGACAUCCUGAAGUACCAGGAGCGGCUGAACGAGACGGAGCGCGCGCUGCAGCAGCUCAUCAAGCGGCUGCUGCGGCCCACCGAGACCAUGGCCUACGAGACCAGCCUUCAGGAACUUGCGGACGAGGCAGCAGUGAGCUUCGCUUGGGCGGCGUGGGCGGCUCUAGCGGAGUGGGGCGAGCGCGGCGCCCACGCCCUGCGCGGGCAGCGCGCCGCGUCCGUGCUGUCCGCGCUGGCCACGCUGGCGCUGCUGCUGGGCGCCGGCUGCCUCGUGCAGUACCUCGUCCGCCUCGAAGAAGAAUCAGUGUCUCGAGUGCGGGAGGAGCGGCGGCGGGGCGGCGGCGGCGCGCGGCGCGGGGACACGGCCGAGCUGCGUCUACACGAGCUGCGCAAGGAGAAGUACAACGGACUCGUCAGGUUGUUGAAGCCGGGGUGCCGCACCAUCGUGAUCCUGGUGGACGCGGAGUCGCGCACCAUGCUGCUCUCCAAGUUCCACAAGACCGUCUGGCCGUACCGCAAAAACAAAACCUUACUCUUCGCCUACCUAAUGGUGGAGCGCAACAUCUCGUGGUUCCGCCGCGUGCUGCAACUGUCUCUAGGGGGGACCCGCGAGCUGCGGGUCAACGCGCGCCACUGCGUCGGGACCGUGCUCGCGCUCAACCCGCACCGCAACUACUUCUGCAUCUACCACGCCACGCACCCCGAGUCCAAGGCGAAGCACCACCGCAUGCGCAGUAUGACGCGGUCGCUGGGCGCGGGGCUGGCGGCGGACCCCGAGGCGGGCGCGUUCAUCGGCUUCCACAGCGACGAGUCCUCCGCCGACGAGCAGCCCGACCCCAUACUCACAGAGAACCUCCUGGACGGGCUGGACAACUGGCUGGACCGUUUAUUCGAAGGCUCUACUCACCGCUACUACAUCAACUACUGGCCCGACAUGACCACCAAAUGAACGCACCCGCAAGUAAAUACAUAAUGUACUACUUACCGGUUUAUGUUCCGCCCGCUAGGGUUCUCUUCAGUUCAGUUUCGUUCGUGACAGCGCAACUGCCAUAAAGUUUUCGACCAUAGAGGUUUCUUUUCUAUUGGAUUGUUCCGUGUGUAUUAGUUGUUGUUCUGAGGUUUCGAGGCAUUUCGAGGGAAACACAUCGUGUGAACCUAGUGUAGUUAAAUUUUACCUAUUUAAUUAGUGUUGAAUUUGAUUAAAGUCUACUCGUGUAUUUUCUGUUGUGAUUUUGAGAUGUUGAGUGUUAAUAUUUACCCUGUGUUACUACGUUUGUCGUUUAACAAGGUGACAUAUUGUUUUGUCUCAGUUACCCUGAGACGGGUAGGUACAUGAUGUAUUCUUUUUUGCAUUUUUGCAGUUGCAGUAUGUUUAAUAUAAAUUGGUCUAGCCACAUGGUGGUACCAAAUAAAGAAAUAAUAUAAACAUGGCAAUCGAAGUCAUGCUAUCUCGCGUGAUUCGUAAGUAUGUCAAUACUCUUUCCUACUCCCACUUAUUUGAUGGUCGCCAUUUUCAUAUUACUUCUUUAUCUGCGCACGUUAUACCCGAUUACUAACCAAGAAUGGCCGUUAUCACUUUUUAUAUAUUCCGUAUUUUUACUUUUUAUAUGUCUCAAUGUCUUCUAAUCUGUCCUUUAUUUAUAAUAACUAUUAUGUUUAGACAUCGUUGUAUCGUUGGAUGUUAUUAUAUUUAUUAUAGUGUUAGUCAAUGAUCGUAAUGUACCAAUUUUCUCUGGCAUUUUUUGUCAAAAUGGAAUGUUAAAUUGUGUAAGAGUAUAAGUUUUAGUGCCUAUCUCUUCCACGGUAGGUGAACUGAUGAUUUCGGACAUUUUAGGUGAUAAAUAGAAGAAUUAGUAAGUAUAGCCAUUUUUUUUUAUAUUUGGGUAUAGGUUGAUAUUUGCACGUCUUUAUAUACACACUACAUGAAUUGGGUGGAUUGAACAAAAUCGGGCACAUAUUUGUUAUCAAAAACUAGUGCGUAUCGACCUAAAGUCAAGUGGCAAAACAAAUAGUAAAAUUUUAUAAUAAUCGAUAGACAAAUAAUCUAAAUAAAUCUUUAACUAUCUUCUAUCUAAGUAAGCCAUAGUCUCCAAAAUACGGCAGGAAUGGGGAAAAUUGAAAAGUUAUUUGUAAAGUGUGUCUAUUAGAAUUGACUUGUAAAAUUAUAACGUGUGGUAUAAACUCCAGAUGUGGUAAUAGGUCCCCCAGAAUUAUAUUUAUAGUAUUGGCAUCCCAAUUCUAAUGUACAGACUAUGCAACUUGUGUAGAGGCACUGCACUAUUGAAUUUAGAGGGAAUUAGCAGUUUUUCACACUUUUGAUAAUCACAACUAUAUCGAUAAACAGAGUUGAUUGCUUUAAAAUUAAAUAAUACCUACCUAUAAGUAAAUUCAACUAUGUUUUCUUAAUCCUCCAGUGCCUAUAUUGUAUGAUAUUUUAUAAAGGCGUAAGUUGACCUGUUUGUUUAACCCAUUUAUUACCUUUGUGUAUCUGCAUCUAAUGUUGUCGUUUAAAUACACAGACAGAGGGCCUAGAGGGAGUUUGCCAUCAAUGUUUGAACAUUGCAUUGAAAACAAACGUGUUUUUUAUGGAUCUUCUGCAGUGUAGCGAAUGUAAGGCUAGGUGGCGUCUGUGCCAAGUUUUUUCAGCGGUUUAAACUCCCACUAGACACUCUGAAUCUAUAAGUAGUUAAUUAGAAAAGUAUAUACAUAACAGUAUACCUCGGUAAUAUUCAGCCGAAAUAUAUUAUAGUAUUAUUAUUACAUUUUUAAACUUUGCUUGUGUUGAUAAAGCGAAAUAUAUUUAACACUAAGGUAAUUUAAGCUAUAGUAUUUAAAACUAUAUCAGCUCCUCCCUUUUAAAUUUUCUAUUGAUAAAAAUAGCCACCUUUCGCAUUAUUUCAAUAUGUCGUUAAAUUUAAAAAGCACAUUUUUACACCCACGUUUGUAUUAUGUUAGUAGCUGAAUAUGCUAAAGGCAGUUCUACAACCUCACAACAAUACCUCCCUUGAAAUAAU